AUGUCAAUAGAGCAGGCCCAAAAAGCAUCUCCAAAGCCACCAUCCCCGAAGUGGUACGAAGAGGACGUUGCAGGGUUCGGCGUUAUCUUCAAUCCGACAAUACCCGGCUUGAACGAUCGUACCGACAGUCCAUCCACACCACGAAACGCAGUACCAGAUGAAGUGCAAUACCUGGGCGCAUGGCUUAACAUGUUCGACUCCGAACAUAACUCAUUAUGUGUCCAGUCAGAGCUUCCGGGCUGGCUCUCUUUCGCGAACGAAGUGAUGCUAGAGGACUGUACGCAGCGGGCUCAUGAAUUGCAAUGGCAAAGUGCGUCCCUCAACUCCACCUUCGCCGGCACGCCUCAGAGCACCGAGCACGACCAAUACCAGUACGAAGAACGGAUGUCGACAACAUGUGGCCUGAUCCUGCCAGAAGCCUGCGACAGCGGAUCCUGGAUCAGCAGUGAUCAAUCACCUCAGUCAGCAGACAGCUCUGCGAGAGACUCAGACCUGGCCCAGCUCGGUUGGCAGAACGGCGAUUUGGCCUGGUCGUGCGGAUAUCCAGGUUGCCGGUCGGAGCAAGAAAGACCGGGAAAGGCACGAGGCAAAGCAUAA